CACACACACGCACGCAUGCACGGAGACCUGACACGUUUCUCAGAGGAGUGCAGACUCGGAGGAGCUGUGGCUGGAUGUCGGAGGAUCACUGGGGGACACUGGCAUUAUUCAUCCCUGAAUGUGAUGCAAACAUAUGACUUUUUUUUUUAUUUCCAGGAAAGACUCACACGCAGAGGAAAAGAAAAAGGCACACAUUUUGGAGUUAAUAUCAUAACCGAAAGGUGUUCACAUCCAACAUGUUGCCCCGUUGCUCCUGUCUGCUGUUGCUGUGUGUGACCCAGCUGGUCCCGCCCUCCUCCGCUCUGCCAUUUGAACAACGAGGCUUCUGGGACUUCGCUCUGGACAGUUUGGAGAAUGGCGGGAUGAUGACGAUGAUGAGGGAUCAGAUUGAAGGUUCAGGCACCCCUGAGCCCCCCACUCCCGAUGUUCCCAUGUGCCCCUUCGGCUGUCACUGCCAGCUCCGGGUCGUCCAGUGCUCCGACCUUGGUUUGACGGAGGUGCCGAAGAAUAUUCCCUCUGACACCAAAUUCCUGGAUCUGCAGAACAACCGUAUCACAGAGCUUAAGGAGAAUGACUUCAGAGGCCUUACCAACCUUUACGCCCUGUCUGUGAGGAACAACAAGAUUUCCAAAGUCCACCCUAAAACAUUCGCCCCUUUGAAGCGCAUGCAGAAGCUUUACUUUUCAAAGAAUCUGAUGUCCACCAUCCCCAAAAAUCUGCCUGCCUCCCUGGUGGAGCUGAGGAUCCACGAGAACCGCAUCAAGAAGGUGGCAGCUGGAGCCUUCUCUGGACUGGGCAACAUGAACUGCAUAGAAAUGGGAGCUAACCCCAUCCAGAACAGCGGUUUUGAGCCAGGAGCUUUUAAAGGACUGAGACUGAAUUUUCUACGCAUAUCAGACGCCAAACUAACUGGAGUUCCAAAAGAUCUCCCAGAUAGUCUACACGAGCUCCAUCUGGACCACAAUCAGAUCCAGGCUGUGGAACUGGAGGACCUUAGCCGCUACAAGAACCUCUACAGAUUGGGUCUUGGUUUCAACCACAUCCGUAACAUAGAGCAAAGCAGCCUGUUAUAUCUGCCCAGGCUGCGAGAGCUGCACCUGGACAACAACCGCCUCACACACGUUCCCCAGGACCUUCCAAACAUGAAAUACCUGCAGGUGGUGUACCUCCACUCCAACAACAUCAGCCAGGUGGGUGUGGAUGACUUCUGCCCUCGUGGAUUUGGCAUGAAGAAGGCAUUCUAUAACGGCAUCAGCCUGUUUGAAAACCCUGUCAACUACUGGGAGGUGCAGCCGGCGACGUUUCGCUGCGUGGGCGACCGGUUUGCCAUUCAGUUUGGAAACUACAAGAAAUAAAAACAAGGAGAUGCUGAGCAUUAAAAUAAACAGAAUGAGGGAAAGGUGAUAAGGAAAAAGAAAAUAAUUUAAUAAAACUUGACACACAGCAGGAAGGGAGUUUAUAUGAUAUUUUCAUUAUUGUUAUAUUUGUGGAGGGGGAGUGUGAUAAGGAAGACGGACAAUAAAGUUGUUUUAAAAAUGAGUGAAAAAUUGUCCCUUAACUUGAAAUGAGCUGAGAUCCAGAACCUGUUCGGUGCCUGUUUGUGCUUUUAAAAAUGAAGGUUUUUUUCAUCUGAAACUGAUUAAAGAGAGUAGCUUGUUUGGUGAGUUUCUUUACCCACCAACUCAUGAAAUAUUGAAAACUUGUGAAGCAUUUCAUUCCAGUUUUUCACCACAGUUGUCCUUGUAAUAGAGGUCAUCCUUUUUUAAAAUCUUUCUAGUUCAAAUGAUUAGUGAUUAUAGAAAGCAAUGCAUUUUAGGAUGUUUUUAUACACAUAAAAGGUGCUUUAUGA